ACACAUAGUUCAUGAUCUAGAGAAACAUGUAGCAAUGUUUGGAGGGGUUGUUUCGAUAUAACGUGUUCCUUUUUGAACAGGACUUUGUCCUCAUUCAUCGCACUGUUCCUUGCUCAAUGUUUAUCGUCGGGACGUAAUUUGUUUUUCAAUCUGACAAAAAUAUGACCGCCUGUCGCAAUUUCUGUGUGAGAAUUCACGGAUUGUCACCGCGCGUUGGACCGUAAAGAACACCACGGUAACUUAAACCCUGCGGCCGCCCACUUCCACAAUAACUGUGGUGUCAUUCGUUCCUCUACUAUUUUUCUAUCAAAGGGAAACUAAUAUGUGCAGUUGCAUCCAGGUAUUGCCCCCCAGUUGGGCUGUGUGACAUCGUGUCAAAAGCUUUAAAGUGGCUAGCCAUCAAUGUUGAAAGAGUCAGCUAGUUUGGGGUGUGAUUCCGCGGAUACGCGCCGUGUGCACAGUGCAUUGCUGUCCUUGUGAGCGUUGGUGUUUUUGAGUAGUUUUCUCAGCUUGCGCGGUGUGGGCCAGCAUUGCAGUCAGUACUACAGUACUACCGAGGCGGCUGAGAUUACAAGAUGGGUGGAUGUUUUAGCGGAGGCUCGUCCGGCCCUAGCGGCUACAAGUCAAAGUUCAAACGGGACGCCCUCAAGGCUCACAACAAGUACAGGUCCAUGCAUGGCGCCCCCAACAUCAAAAUGAACGGCAACAUCAGCAAAUACGCGCAGGAGUGGGCCAAUAAGUUGGCCAAGGAGGGGCAGCUGCAGCACCGGACGGAUCACAAGUAUGGAGAGAAUAUCUACUAUGGCGCUGACUCCAGAGGCGUGGACGAGAUAACAGGGGAUAAGUCCGUCAAAUCAUUCUAUGAUGAAAUCAACAGGUACAAUUUCAACAGUGGAGGAUUUUCAUCGGGCACAGGGCAUUUCACUCAAGUCGUAUGGAAGGGCAGCAGGCGGCUUGGGAUCGGGGUUGCCGUCAAUCCACGCAAACAGAACGAGGUCUACGCUGUGUUCAACUACGAUCCCCCUGGCAACGUCAGUGGCAAAUACAAAGAGAACGUCUUUCCCUCCAAAAAGCGCUAAACAGAUCAAAACAACCACGCUGAUUCAUUCUCUAAGUCUUCCAUAAUGAAAACAGAUGAUUUGUGUUACGCCUUCCGUCUUUGAUCACUUUACAGUGACAACAUAAUGGUUUGCUAUUUAGAAUAGGCACAACCAGCAAUGAUAGUUAAAAGAAUAUUGCUAUAAAAAAAAGCUAGUUUAGAGCAAGCGUAGGCCCUACUUCUGAAUGAUUUUUUUCCUGAUGGCAAAAGGCUGAAAAAAAAAAACCUGUACAGUAAAUUUUUAUGGGACCUGCUUUACUUUGUAGCCGAGGCAGGGGGCAUGUGUGGACAAUUUGCUAAAUUACUACGAAAUAAUGGGGGUAUAGUUUGCUUAAAAUCUGCCUUACGUUUAGGCCUGUACAUUUAUUUAAAAUACAAAUGCAUAUUUAAGCUGUGAUUUUCCAUCGCCCCAUUCAUUCCUCAUCGCCCCCUUCAACCGACAUCUCUUUUCUUUAAUUGUACACAUUUUUAAAUUUUGCUGUGUUUUUAUUACCUUUGAACUCGCUGUCACUAACUUAAACUUUGUACUUUCUUUUAUAAAAAGUGAAUCGGGCAAUAAUCUUGAAAUUUCGUUUAUUGAUUGAUACAGUACAGACUGACAAUAUUGCCAAAAGAUUCCAUGACACAAAGGGUUAACGAAUAUACCAGAUAUUUAUUUCGUUAAGGAAUGCACUUAUCUGCGAUGAACCGUCGAUAUUGAUGUCAUCACAAAAAGAUGUUGAGAACAGGGAGGCCCAUAGAGACUACCAUUACGCCCAAAACAUGUGGGCGGAUGUUCAGUGACGCAUCUUCCCAUUGGCUUACUAUAGUAAGAAAUGGCAGUAAAAUGUGAACGUUUUUGGAAUAACCAAUUGAUAUCAUUUGUUACCGUGCACGUAUAUAAGCGCCCAAGUCCCGUCAUUCCUAAAUACCAAUUCUUUCCUUUCAUCAGAGUUUAAAAUAUUAUGACUUCUUUGUUUUGAUGUGUUUGUUGUUUUCCCACCCAACAUUGUUCCCAAUAUAAAUAAAUGACACUGUUUUGUGACAACA